CAAAACACAAAAAGACUCUCCGAUUUUCCUUUAGAGAGAGAGAGAGAGAGAGAGAGAGAGAGAGAGAAGAGAACCCUAAUUUCUCUUGUCGCAGACAAAGGAAGAAGAAGAAGAAGAAGAAGAAGAAAGAAGAAAGAAGAAGAAGAAGAUGUCGGGAACCGUAAACCAGCAGACAGAGGAGGACAAGAAGCCCAACGAUCAGGCUCACAUCAAUCUCAAAGUCAAAGGCCAGGAUGGGAAUGAAGUGUUUUUCAGGAUCAAGAGAAGCACUCAAUUGAAGAAGCUUAUGAACGCAUAUUGUGAUAGGCAAUCUGUGGAGUUUAACUCAAUUGCAUUCUUGUUUGAUGGCCGUCGCCUUCGCACAGAGCAGACUCCUGAGGAGCUAGAGAUGGAGGAUGGUGAUGAGAUCGAUGCUAUGCUACACCAAACCGGAGGCGCCUCACCGAUGUAGUCAUCCGCUGUUAUAGUGCUAUAUAUAGUGAACUACCUUACGUGGAUUCAGUAUGAAGGAUUAGGGUAUUAAGGCUCUUGCCUUUUUUCUUUAAGACCUAGUUAUCAGCCUCCGAGACAUAUCGUUUUAUGAUAUUGUUGAAUUGACAUGGUCUUAGUUAGGAGUAUGAAAGUAUCGGUUAAAGUUUUAAAUGGUUUCAGUAUUAUAUUAUGAGCUUUUGUUGCCUUUGACUAGGGAAGUUCCUGGUAUCGUGGAAUUUGGUCAUUUUGUGGAUGAAUAGUCUGUGUUUGGCAUUAGUAUAUCUUUGCAGGGUUUGUGUUUCUAAAAUUACUACCGAUUUGGUCGACA